AUGUCAGUCAUGGGCAAGCCUCAUUCCCUGAAAACUGACAAUGCCCCAGCGUACUGUGCAAAAACCUUUGCUCAGUUCUGUGAAACUUGGAAUAUUCACCAUUUAUUUGGCAUCCCCUACAAUUCUCAAGGCCAAGCCAUCGUCGAAAGGGCUAAUCGUACCUUAAAAACUGCUCUACAACGCCAGGAAAAGAAGGCCGGUGUCCCAGCCUCCCUUUCCGAAAAGGAAGGCUGGCUGGCCAGUGUUCUCUUUACUCUCAACCAUUUGAAUGUUUCCAUACAGGAUCAUCAAUCUUAUACUCGCCUGCAGAAGCAUUUUCAGCAAACAGAGAUACUCCCAGCCCCACUGGUCCGCUAUAAGAUAUUACCCUCCAACGAGUGGAGUGAACCCGUAAAACUGAUCACCUGGGGAAAGGGUUACGCUGCAGUGUCUACUCCACAGGGUCCUCGCUGGGUUCCCGCACGCUGCAUCCGCCUAUACCAUGGCAUGGCGACAGUCCCUCCCGAAUCCAGUACCGCAGUUCGACCACACACUACGGAUCGCCCAGGCCGCAGCGCCCAGCCCCCCCAGGACUCGCAAGCGGGGAAAUCGUAA